AUGCCGCCUCAAUUUAGAAUUGCGAUAGGGCAACUUUGCUCUUCAUCUAAUCUUCAAAAGAAUUUGAAGAUCGUGACACAAUUGAUCUCGCAGGCGAUUGACAAAGAUGUAAAAUUGAUACUAUUCCCAGAAGCUACAGACUUCUUAUCAAGAAAUGCAUCACAUUCUCAUUAUUUGGCUGAUCAAACACCGGCUUUUAUUAAUGACCUACAACAUAGCAUACGAACAUUGGUACAAGAGAAAUCAAAACGAAUAGAUGUAUCAAUUGGUGUUCACCUCCCAUCUUCCAACCCAGCCGAAGAUUCCAGAACCCAAAAUGUACUUUUAUAUAUAAACUAUAAUGGUCAGAUUCUAGACACCUAUCAAAAAUUGCAUCUAUUCGAUGUUAAUAUCAAAAAUGGACCAAUACUAAAAGAAUCACAGUCUGUACAACCAGGAACAAUACUUCCAAAUGUGAUCCAAACACCUGUUGGAAAACUCGGGACUGCAAUAUGUUAUGACAUAAGAUUUCCAGAACAUGCGGCUUACCUUAGGUCUAUGGGUGCACAAUUACUGUGCUAUCCAAGUGCAUUUACAAUGAAGACAGGUGCGGCCCACUGGGAAACGUUAGGUAAAGCUCGUGCUAUUGAUAACCAAUGUUACGUUAUCAUGCCAGGACAACAAGGUAAACAUAAUGUUUAUGACGACAAUUGGCAUAAUGAGACAGAGAGUCCUACCGUUCUGGUAGAACGCCAAUCAUGGGGUCAUUCAAUGAUUAUAAAUCCAUGGGGUGAUAUAGUAGCAGAAGCCAAUUCAUCUAUCGAACAUCAAUUAGUGGUAGCUGAUCUUGACUAUGAAUUAAUGCAGACUGUGAGGGAAAAUAUGCCAUUACUUAAACACAUGAGAAAGGAUAUAAUUUACAAUUAA